AUCUUUCUCUGGAAUUAAAGGACUCCAGCUGAAAGUUAACCUCCAACCCAAUGAUAAUUACUUUUUCUACGUGAGAGCAAUCAAUGCAUUCGGGACAAGUGAACAGAGCGAGGCUGCCCUCAUCUCCACCAGAGGAACCAGAUUUCUCUUGUUGAGAGAAACAGCUCACCCUGCUCUACAAAUUUCCUCAAAUGGGACAGUGAUCAGCUUCUCUGAGAGGAGACGGCUGACGGAAAUCCCAUCAGUGCUGGGUGAGGAGCUGCCUGCCUGUGGCCAGCAUUACUGGGAAACCACAGUCACAGACUGUCCAGCUUAUCGACUUGGCAUCUGCUCCAACUCAGCUGUGCAGGCUGGUACCCUGGGACAAGGGGAGACCUCGUGGUACAUGCAUUGCUCUGAGCCACAGAGAUAUGCGUUCUUCUACAGUGGCAUUGUGAGUGAUGUUCACGUGACUGAGCGUCCAGCCAGAGUGGGCAUCCUGCUGGACUACAACAACCAGAGACUCCUGUUCAUAAAUGCUGAAAGUGGACAGUUGCUCUUCAUCAUUAGGCACAGGUUUCAUGAGGGGGUUCACCCUGCGUUUGCCCUGGAGAAACCUGGAAAAUGUACUUUGCACAUGGGGAUAGAGCCCCCGGAUUCUGUAAGGCAAAAGUGAUCCUUGGCUUUUGGAGUUUGCAAGAACACUAAUUCAAAUUUGGGGGGUCUGUUGUUCUUCCCUUUGGGUGCUAUACAUUAUUCAACAAGCCCCCCCUCACAUCCACACUAACAAUAGCCACAUGCACAGCAAUCAUCACAUGAGCAAAACCAAUAAGAAAAGCUCAACUUUAUAGAGCAAUGUGUGAGUAGAGGACGAAAAAAAAUCCACCCUUUGGUUUAUAUGUGUCUGAGUUCUUUCCUAAAUUAAAAGAACUUAAACUUGUCUUGGGAACCAAAAUAGAGAAAUGGACUUCCACCUGUUUUGCUGGUAAAAAACAUCUCUUGAUGGGCAGGUCGGGGUGAAGAGAAGGUUGUGCUAGUAACAUAUCUCCUCUGACAAAGAAACAUGAACAUUUUCACGAGAAAAUGUCACCUCACUUCACUAAAGGAUGAUGAAUCUUAAUCAUUAGAGUGUUUGAACUGAUCUAAAUUUAUAAUGAACUCUUUUGUAAUAAUGUAUAGUGGAGAAUAUGAGUCUCUUUUCCUGCAAUUUUAAAUGUAGAAAAGUACUAGAUAUCAGAAAUUCGCAUUUUGUUAAAUAAAUGGUUAGAGUCUAUAAAGCAA